AUGAAUAAGAAGCAGACAAAAGAGCCGACGGUCAAAGCGCCAGAAUGCGCAAUGACGCCACCAUCGACACCAUCGUCGCCGACGGAUGAAAAUGAGAGUAUCGAAUUUCUAUAUAAUAGCUGGCAAAAGUUCGCUACCACGGAGACUGGAGAACCAGAUCACUCAAUAGUUGUCUAUCGGCCAGAAAAAGAUAUUGCCAAUGAUUUCGUGCCAUUCGACAUUGAUCGAUUUCUUGCUGAACGCCUUUUGAAAGAACUGGACAUCGACCCAAAGUUGGCUCUUUUCUAA